CGCUCCCCCCUUGCGCGGGCCCCGGCGCGGAGCCGAUCGCGCCCGGCGGAGCCGAGCGGCGGAGUUACGUUGUUGGGGGAGUUUGCAACAACUCCGCGGCCUCGUCUGCGGGGCCGCCGGUGCGGGGCCGCCGCCUUCCCCGCCUCCUCCUCCUCCUCCGCCCCUUCGGGCUUUUUCUUCCCCCCCCUCCUCCCCCUCCCUCCCCCGCGCUUUGAUUUCCCUCUCCUCCCCCCUGCGCGCCCUGCGUGUGUGUGUUUUUCGCCGCCGAUCUCCACGCAAGCCCCUUGGCAUGAGUUAAGCACCAGCCAUGGACACCAAACACUUCCUGCCGCUGGAUUUCUCCAACCAAGUGAAUUCCACAUCCCUGAACUCUCCCACGAGCCGGGGCCCCAUGGCCACCCCAUCCCUCCACCCGUCCAUCGGGCCAGGCAUCGGCUCCUCACUGGGCUCCCCGGGCCAGCUCCACUCGCCCAUCAGCACCCUGAGCUCGCCCAUCAACGGCAUGGGACCUCCGUUCUCCGUCAUCAGCUCCCCCAUGGGCCCGCACUCGAUGUCCGUCCCCUCCACCCCCAGCCUGGGAUUCGGCACCAGCAGCCCGCAGCUCAACUCACCCAUGAACCCUGUCAGCAGCUCAGAGGAUAUUAAGCCACCCCUGGGGCUCAAUGGAGUCCUCAAAGUGCCAGCACAUCCCUCAGGAACGAUGGCCUCCUUCACCAAGCACAUAUGUGCCAUCUGCGGGGACAGAUCUUCAGGUAAACAUUACGGGGUUUACAGCUGCGAGGGCUGCAAAGGCUUCUUCAAGCGCACGGUGCGGAAAGACCUCACCUACACCUGCCGCGACAACAAGGAUUGCUUGAUCGACAAGCGCCAGCGCAACCGCUGCCAGUACUGCCGCUAUCAGAAGUGUCUUGCGAUGGGGAUGAAGCGAGAAGCCGUCCAGGAGGAGAGACAGCGGGGGAAGGACCGCAAUGAGAAUGAGGUGGAGUCAACAAGUAGCGCUAACGAGGACAUGCCCGUGGAAAAGAUCUUGGAAGCUGAACUCGCAGUGGAGCCAAAGACAGAGACGUACAUUGAAGCAAAUAUGGGCUUGACGCCGAGCUCGCCCAAUGACCCGGUGACAAACAUAUGCCAGGCAGCAGACAAACAGCUCUUCACCCUGGUGGAGUGGGCCAAGAGGAUCCCCCACUUCUCCGAGCUGCCCCUGGAUGACCAGGUCAUCUUGCUCAGAGCAGGGUGGAAUGAGCUCCUAAUCGCCUCCUUCUCCCACCGCUCCAUAGCCGUGAAAGACGGGAUCCUCUUAGCCACCGGGCUCCACGUGCACCGGAACAGCGCGCACAGUGCUGGCGUCGGGGCCAUCUUCGACAGAGUACUGACAGAACUCGUGUCAAAAAUGCGAGACAUGCAGAUGGACAAGACAGAGCUAGGCUGCCUGCGAGCCAUUGUCCUCUUCAACCCCGACUCAAAAGGUCUCUCCAACCCGGCUGAAGUGGAAGCGUUACGGGAGAAGGUGUACGCGUCGCUAGAGGCAUACUGCAAACACAAAUACCCCGACCAGCCCGGGAGGUUCGCAAAGCUCUUGCUCCGUCUCCCAGCCCUCCGGUCCAUUGGCCUGAAAUGCCUGGAGCACCUCUUCUUCUUCAAGCUAAUAGGCGACACACCGAUCGACACCUUCUUGAUGGAAAUGCUGGAAGCACCCCAUCAAAUGACUUAGAGAACUGCUGCUGGGUCAGUCCCUCACCUGGCUGGGGUCUCGCGGGGCCCCUUCCUCUGCUUUCCUCUGCCGCCGCCCCAGCCCGUCCCUCCCUCCUCUCCCCAGCGCUGGAGGCACCAUCUGAUCCGGGGCGACCCCCUGCCAUCUUCGCCUCCUCGUCGCCUUCACCCUUGUCUGUUUGCCGUCACUGCUGCAUCUCAAGACCUGCUCGCUGGUUCCCUGUGCUAGAUGUAGAGAAGUGGGAGCGGAGAAAGCUUGUCACCCACCGCCCCGGCUCGCACCCCCGACCCGGCCCCCGCUGUGCCAUGAGUUUUGGGGUGAGCUGCCGGCCGGGCUUGCCAUCACCCUGCGUGCGUGCCGCGGCCGGCGGUGCUUCCCCCGGGACAGGAGCGGGGACGGGGACGGUCCCAGCCCUUGGGGCAGUGGGGUUUGGACAAGCUGAGGGGAGUGGUUGAACUUGCCGGAGUGCAGCUGGCUAUUUUCAGAGGAUGGAGUUUUUGAAAAAGAGAAGAAAAAAAAAAAGAAUUCUAUUUUUGGUUCCUAACUAUUAUUAGUAGUCUCGGUAGUUACUUCGCGGAGGGAGAGGCAGGCUGGACAGGCAGCCCAGCCCGUGCCCCGCGAAUGAGUCACCCGUGACUGCACAGAGCCUUCUCCUUUCAGUUAAAAGCAGAGGAGUUGGGACUGAGCUGAAUCCCCCCCCUCAAAUAAGGAGGCGACUGGUGGCACAGGGAGCCAGGCCACCCUCUCACCGUCUGUGCAGGGGGUCCCAUGGGCGGCAGCACCUGAAAAAUCCCAUUUUGCCGUCCCAGAGGGCAGCCGGGCAUCGCUGCUCUUCCCAAAGGUGCCUCUGCGCGCGGUGUGGAGCUGCCCACACGGACACGAGCCGGCUGGAGCGCUUGCUUUAAGGCUGCCAGGGACUCAGCAUGGCCUUUCCCCAGCUCACGCAGUCUUGCCGCCACCCCUGCCCUCAGCACUGCACCCGGCAUCCUUGCACGGCCCCACUCACGAGGCUCGGCCCAGCCUGUCCUGCCAGACCCACGCUUUAUUUCAAGGGCUGUUUCAUUGGAGCGGCGGGAGCUGGCGUGUCAGCAAUGGCUCUUUGGCUUUUUUUUGGUCCUCACCUGGUUCAGUGAGGUUGGAGAGGCAUUUCCAGCUGAUGGGGUGGGCUUGGCCCCUCCGUGCCCACAUUGCGGGUCCACAGCAGCCCCGGGUACCAGCACGUGUUUCCCCCGGGCCAGCAGCGCCCGAGCCCUUGCCUCGCAUGGGGGUUUCGGUUCGCCCAGGAGGCUGCUCCUGUUGAUUCAGCAGCUGCGAUGCAAAACACUGCAAGGCAACAAUUAGUGGGAGUGCUUGGCCAGGCUGGUAAUUGUGGCUGUUAAUUAGUGGUGAAGCAAGAACAGGGCUCCCCCUCCCCGAAUCUCCCCCGUUGGGCAGGGACGCGGGGGCUGACAGGUCUCGGCUGGGUGGGGGACGUGGCAGCAGCCCCUGCCCACGUGGGCAGCGUGCCCAUCCCCGGCCUGGCCGGGAUGCCGAGAGCACCAAAAGCACUUUAGCUUUUACACGGUCCUUUCCUUGAGUCUUUGCGUGGCAGCAGGGAGAUGGCCAGGUUUUUGGGAAUCAGGGACAUGGUCCCAGGAACGUUCGCACAUCCCACGGGACAGGAUUCCCCAGCCAGGGAGUGUUUCCCCUUCGCGUCCCCAGUUCACCUUCAUCGGGUAUCUCUAGAGCCCCACCGAAAAACUGAGUUAGAGAAAACAAAAGAGCAAGUGGUGAGGGAUACUGGGGAGGGUUUUUCCCCUCCUUGGCAGGAUGGAUCUCAAACACGCCGUGGAGCGGGUGCUCGGAGCCAAGCACGAGGUGCCUGGGGUUGGCCUCUGGCCAAGGGCUUCCCCACCGCUUUCAUGUCUUCUGUGCUUUAAAAUGACAAAGCAUUAAGUCCCCAAGGUAUUUCUUUCUCCCUGUGGAUUGUAGCUGGCUCUUGAAACAUCUCCUUUGUGCCUGGAGGGGGGUGGAGCAGCGCCCACCAGCUCCCACCUCUGUUUUUGAGGGGAUGUAGUUGUCACUUGCCUAUCAUCAUCCUGCCUGGCAGCUCGAGUCGCCGGCUCCAUCCCCUGCAGUUAACCAGGCCAUCUCAUUGCUAAAUAAAUACUCAGGAUUUCAGGUCAUAACUUUCCCUUAGGCUGGCCUGAAGUGGCAAAUCCACAGAGGCAGGGAAAGCGUUUUGGCUGUGUUUCUCCAGCAGCCUGCACGCCGCCGAAAAUAUUAUUAAACAGCUUCACCCUGCAAGAAUUUGCCAAGAAAACUAGGCAGGAGAAAUUAAAUAUGUAAAGGGUGCCAGUAAACACGAGCAGGCUGUUCCUUGCCAGCGUAAGGCUGACGCAGCCCCGCGGGGGGCUUGCAGGAGGUGUUAGCUCCCAGCCAGCAGGCGCGGAGCUCAGCCUGGAGCCAAACCAGCCCUCGGCAGCCCCCAGCCCGGCUCUCGCCGGUGGAAAGGAGCCUGGAGCUCGCUUGCCGGAGAGGAUGAGGGUGCUUUGUGAGAGAGACAGUGGAUAUUGCACUAGAAUAAACCCGCUGUCCUUCUCCGUUGGGUGGAACCACUUUUUUCCUGAUUGAUGUCUUGGACGGGGCUGUGCGGUGCUGAGAGCUGAGCUGUGGUGGCUUGCAAGGCUGCAGUGCUGGACGUGGAGCUCCCACCCCAUCCCAUGCUACGCCGUGCCGUGCCGUGCCAUCCCAUCCCAUCCCGGUUAGGAUUUGACCCGAUAAAAACAAAAUGCCACGAGCAAGGGGGUUUCCUCAGCAAAUAGUGUGGUGCAAAGGGGAAGGCUCCGCGGGCCAGGGGCUCUCAGUCAGGACCCAUGUCUCCGUGCCUCAGUUUCCCUGCUGGAGCAGUGCACGGCCUCGAUUCACGUCCCUGGCUGAGGAGGGGUCUGGGGAAAGGCUGAGCAGUGUCCUGGACUUUCUGUUUUUGGCAGAUGUUGCGGGAGCCCCCCCAGUGCUGUAACUCGGCGUGACUCUUGCUUUCAGUAGAGCUCCUGUGAUUUCCCCCAACAGCCACAACUGGGCAUUUUGGGUUGCCAGUGGAUCCUGAACAUGCGUGAUCGACCCCCCCAGAGCCCAGGGCCCAGCCCACCCCGGUGCCUCCCCCUCCAGCAUCACCAGCCCAGCCCUCCCCAUCUGAAGAAAAAGCUUUUGUGCGUCCGGUAACAUCUGCCACAGCAGCCUUAAAGCAAUGUGCUUUUGCAUGAGUUUGAGUCUUUCAUUUGUAUUCUUCUUCACUUUUGGCUUUUUUUUUUUUUUUUUUGUCCUCAUCAUAAUAAUUAUGAAUAUACUACAUGCUUGUUUGAAGAGGUGAUACAUGGGUAAAAGAAAAAAAAAAGGCACAUUACUCACUAGAGAGGUAGGCCUUUCAUUUAACCAGAUCUUAGUACUCUUGCAAAAGUCUGGUUUGAUUAGGGUGAUCUAUUUUUUAAUUUUUUUUUUUUUUUAAUUCCUUUUUGUUGGUGGGACAAUCUUUAAUUUUCUAAAGAUAGCACAAACAUCAGCUUUUCAGCCACCCACCUGCCACCCUGGAUGUUCCUCGCUGCCUCCUUGCGUGUGCGUGUUUCAGCCAAGCCCUAACCCGAAGCGCGGCGAAUCCAGCACGCGCACGGACCGCCCCGUGAGGAUGCUGGAGCAUCCCUCAGCAUCGAAGGGGCCGAGCACCGCUGCCGGGUGCGACCCAAGGAGUGGAGUUAGAGGCAGAGGACCUUCAUCUCCCCAGCACCCAUGGGUGCAGGAAGCCCACGCUGCCCACCCCCACCCCCGCAAGGUCACCGGCAGCUUCUCUGCACUUUGGACCCGGCGGCUCCCCCCGUCCUGGCCGCCCACCCUGCCCCGCAGCUCCCCGGGAGGAGACCCCCUGCGUGGCUGGCGGGGCUCAGCUCCUGGUCCUAGAAGGGGCUGGAGAUGGCGGGACGUGGCUCAAGAGCUGAUGCUGUCCCCAUCAGUGAUGAGCGUGCAUGAUCUGGUUUAGGUUGAUACAUAUGUGCGUGUGUAUACAUGUAUGUACUGUAGAUAUAUACACUGUAUAAAUAUCCUCACUCACAUAUACAUAUAUUAUAACCGUAGCAAUUACAGACUUUUUUGUGGUUUUUUUGUUUUAAGUCAAUUCUUUUUCCUAUUUUUUUUCCUGCCUUUUUUUUUUUUUGCUUCAUGUAAGCGAGUACAUUGUACCUGAAGCCCUUUCCGAAUUGGCAGAUGCCAAAUGUGGAUCUUUUCCUCGAGACAAAGGAAAUGCAUCUAUUUUAAGAUGCCUUUUUGUUUUGUUUUUUGUUUGUUUGUUUGUUUUGUUUUUCUUUUGAGCAGCAGGUGGUUUUGAGUAAAAAUAGCUUUAGCAAUUCCCAAUACUUAGUGAUGGAUGCCUUGGCUAUGGGAUGCAUAGCUAAAAAAAUAAAAUACAUUAAAAUUUAGAAUGACAAAAAAAAGAGAAAAGAUAAGGAAAAAUAUCUAAAGCAUCAAUAAAGUUAAAAAUCUAUUUUUGUACAAAUGUAAUUUUAUCCCUUACGUAUUCUUGGCUAUUUUCUUUCUGGAUUGUUUUGUUUCUUCUACAGAGAUUGUUAUAAACUCUCUCUAUUUUUCUCUCUUUCUCUCUUUCUCUCUGUAAAUGUUCAACCACAGGGACAGGGGUCUGCAGAAGAGGGAGAAACUUUUGACCGUGUUUUAAAGGCUUUAUAUGAAAUCUCUUUUGAAAUAAUUUUUUUGAAUGAACUUUUUAUUUUUCCCCCACUUCCAAAAUCUUUUUCGGGGGGGGGGGGGGGAGGGGGGAGGGGGCGGGCUGGUCUGGGGGUGUCUUUUGUCACGUAUAUCUGGCGUUCCCGCAGGUCUGUUUUACUGUGAAAUCACUACCGUAUAUUAUUAUUCACUUAAAAAAAAAGGAAAAAAAAAGAAAAAAAAAAAAAGAAUUGCUGCUGGAAACGCCAGUAUUUUGAUGAACAAUUGUAUUAGAAUUGUGGAAGAAAAAAAAGAAAAAAAAAAAGAAAAAGAGAAAAGGAGAAAAAAAAAAGAAAAUAUAUGAGCAUUUUAAAAUAUAACCCAGUCCAAGUCGUCUUUUGUUCUCCACCGAUGUCUCCUGAGUUAUUCCUUCAGGUCCGCCCCGGGGGUGCUGCCCCGGCUGGGGGGUCCCCGUCACGCCGGAGGGGGCUCAUCCCCAGGGACCGUCCCUCCUGCUCGCCGUGGGGCCGAGUCGGCGUAAAUCCAGCCUGGCUCUAAGGCGUGCGGGCAGAACCGCGGGGGAGCCCCAGGACUCAGCGAAGGAGAUGGUUUUUUUUUCCUCAGGAAUUUCCCUUGAAGGAAUUUCAGAUCCCUUUGACAUCUCCAGCUGCAGCCUCCUGGGGACACCAUCGCCCCCCCAGCGCGUCCCCUCCUCCUCCCCUGCGAGCAGACACGGGACAAGUGGCCGGCGUGGCCGUGGGACACCCAGCGUGGCCAGAGCCCGGUGGGACAUGCAGGGAUGCUCCCGUGCCAUCACGGCACCCGGCAAAGCCCUCCCAGCUCUGCCCGAGGCGUGGGGCCGCGGCGGCUGGGCAGCACCCCCAGGCCGGUGUCAAGGGCGUGCUGACGAGCUCCGGCGACGCGUGGGGACAGCGGGCUGGUCCCCAGCCGCCAUCCCUCCUGGAGUCCCACCAGCAUUGCCGCCCCGGUGCAGCGUGUGCGCAGCAGGAGCCGUUAGCACUGGCCUUAGCUUAACCUGGAUUUGUUGCCAGGUACAAACAAGAUUGAACUUGCUCUUGGGUUUACAGCGGAGAUAAAUCCUCCCCCGACGGCUGCAGAGCCGGUCAAAUAGAGAAGGAAAAUAAGAGUUUCAAUUUGGUUAGUGACGAUCCGUGUGUUUCUAACUUGGCCGCAAUAUUUUUUCAUUUGGUGAGCCCUGGGAGGUGGCUCGCGGAGGGCAGGGGAAGGGGCGCGGGGGAUUAUCUGCCUCGGCAGCAACCUGCUGCUCCCCAGUGCGGGGCUGCUCCCGCUCCCACCCCUCCCUGCCGCGCUUAGGGAGACCCCAGGGGCCGGGGAGCACCCGGCCGGCCACACUGACACAUCCAAUGGCUCCUGUUGCAGAGGGUGGUUAUGUGUCUUGUUAACCUCCAGGGAGCAGUUUGUGUUUAGAGAGUAAAUAUUUAUCUCCCUUCCUAAGGGUUUUUUUCCCCUCCACAUCUCCUGGGGUGGAGUGAGUCGGGCUCCGAGGGGCAGCGCUCGCCGGGAUGCUCGCCCCCGCUCAUGGGCUGGCCGGGUUCCUGCUGCCCACUGGCUUGAAAAACCACACUUUGCUUUGAAAAUCAGGUUGGCUUCUUUAUUUAAAGAUGUUUAAAGAAAGAAAAGCAAAGCCAAGCUGGCCACUGAUUUCUAUUUUUAUUUUCCCUUGUGGGUGAUUGCUGCUGUGUUUGCUGCUGCUCCCCCGGCAAGGCGGGGGGCUUUCCCAGGCCCCCAAACCCAGCUGUGGCGAUGGGCCCUGCUCCCCGUCCUCUGCUGCUGGGGUGGGGGGGAGGAGGUUUGCACCUUGGCCAACUCUGCUGUUUCUCCAGCUUCUGCAGGGAUCAAAGUGACUGUUUUGACUCCCCUCCCGAUUCCUUGAUAACAGGAGAUGGUUGUAAUGCAAUUAAACAUUUCUCACAUGCGA